AAAUGCCCCAAAACCCCCCCAGGUCCCGGGGGGAGCCGCUUCUCCCCGCUGUUCCCGUUGCCAUGGGAACCGCGCGGUUGCCAUGGGAACAGCGCGGGGGGAGAGGGGGAGAGCACAGCGGCGUUGCCAUGACGACAGCGGCGCGGAAGGAGGCGGCGCGACCGUGGGAACAGCGUGGUUUCUAUGGCCAUGGAGGAGCAGCCGCGGGCUCGGCGCGUGGGGAUCCUGGGAUACGGAGAGCUCGGGCAGUUCCUGGUGUCGCAGCUGCUGUCCCGCGGUCCGUCCGUCGGUCUGUCCCUCGCCUUUGUCUGGGCCCGCCGCUGGGAGGCGCUGGAGGCGCUGCCGCCCGCACUGCGCCUGCGCGACCUGAGCGAGCUGCCGAGCACGGGGGUGGACCUGGUGGUGGAGGUGGCACACCCGUGUGUGACACAGGAGCACGGCGAGGACAUCCUGGCACACGCCGACCUCAUGGUGACACCGCGGGGACACGGCGGACCUGGCCCCAACGGCCCCAAUGUCCCCAAUGUGCUGAAGGUGACAAUGACCAAGGCCCCCGGCAGUUUCCGCGCUGAAGGUGACAAUGACCAAGUCCCGCCCCGGGCCAGUUUCGUGGUCUGGGGCUGGCUGUCCCCAGGGUGGCGCGCGGGCCGGGCGCGGACAAGGGAGGCGUGCGGGGGGUCCCCCGGCGCUUGUCCCUCGUCCCCAACAACGUCAACACCAUGGCGGCGGCGCGGGGGCCUGAGGUGA